CCAACGAGAAUUGAGGGUGCUACAUUGAAGAGGAACAAAAAGGCGACCUGACAGCGGUGUUUUCACUCCCUCCACUUUCUCCGGGGUAGUUACGGGAUUUCAAUGUUCAGCCUGAUCCUUGCUUUCUGUGUCGACUUCAGCCGUACCUAUAUGGCGUGUGUGACCGGAGAAUUCUGCCAGGCACAGCACCUCACCUCAGUGGAGAAGUGAAUCGGCCGCCCCCCGAGGGACUACGCUACCCAGAAACCUCCCUGACUGCCAGCACAUUAGGAACUGCUGACGUUUUUUCCAAAAGGCCUCCCUUCCUCUCUGGGAUAUCGCGUAGUCCUUGGCCUGACUGCCCUGCCCUAUCCCAACCAAUACGAAAAAUAUUUGCUUUCCGCUUUCUCCUUGAACAGCCAAUCACAACCAGCUCUCCUGAAUGGGCCGUCUCGCCAACAUGAACCGCCCUGCUGCAGUCGAGAUUAAACAUGAGGCCAUGAGGUUCCUUAUCACCCACAAUCCCACCAAUGCUACGCUCAACAAGUUUACCGAGGAGCUGAAAAAGUUCGAGGUAGACACGUUGGUGAGAGUUUGUGAUGCCACCUACGAUAAGGCUCCAGUGGAGAAGGAGGGCAUACAAGUCUUGGACUGGCCCUUCGAUGAUGGUGCCCCUCCUCCCACGCAGAUUGUGGACGACUGGCUGAAGCUGCUUAACACCAAGUUUCGAGAGCAACCCGGCUGCUGCGUCGCUGUGCACUGUGUGGCAGGGCUGGGCAGAGCUCCAGUCUUGGUGGCCUUAGCCCUCCUUGAGGGAGGAAUGAAGUAUGAAGAUGCCGUGCAGUUCAUAAGGCAGAAGAGACGUGGAGCCUUCAACUCCAAACAGCUUCUUUACCUCGAGAAAUACAGACCCAAAAUGCGUCUGCGGUUCAAAGAUAACGGCCACAACUGCUGCGUGCAGUAGGCCGUCCGUCUGUGCAUCCGCUUUCAAUGCACAUCUAGUUCGGAAUCUUCCAACAAAGAGAAGAUAACAAAAAAAAGAGAGUGCUAUCAGUAAUUGUUGUGAUGAUUUGUAAACACUGAGUCAUGGUUAAUUGAUCUGAGAGAAAUCGAAUGAUCAAACAAAAUCUGGGGAAGUCCACCAGCCGAACCAAUGAAUGGAAGGUCAAAGCACACAGAUGGGCCCGCCUCCCGGUUCUACAGCUCAACCAAACCACGGGCCAGAAUUUUAUUUUAUUUUAAUUUUUUUUUCUCUCCGCUCGAGUCCAUCCUGUACUUGUCUUUUUGUUUUUCUUUUUUUUUUUUUCUUUUUUUUUUUUCUUCUCACUUUAAGUUGUAAUCAUGGGAUAUUUUACCUUUCAUUAUGUGAAUUUUUAUUUUUACACAUACAUGGUGAUGAUGUUUUGAUUCUGUUCUUGUUUCCUUUCAUUGCUAUUUGGCCUCUAUUUUAAGAAAGAAAAAAAAAAACAUUUUUAAACUUUGAACACAUUUCGAUUGUGUUUUUUGUUUUUGCACAAAACUCAAAAGGUUCACCCUGAAAAUGCAGUAAUGUUCUGUUUGUUUGUUCUUUUUGUUUUAUUUUUUAUUGAAAAUUUUUUUUUUUUUUUGCUCCUCACUUGCUUCAAGUCACUUUCAGUUUAGGGCCUCACUGAGUCUAAAUAUAUAAUAUUUAUUCGCAAGAGAAUUGUGGCAGUGUUGAGUUUGGCAGGGGCAAGGACACUUUGUUAUCCAAUUUUUCUUUUUUUAAUUUUUUUUAAAGUAACUAUGUAAGAGCCAUGACUUUUUUUCCCCCCUUCUUCUUAUAAGUCUUGUUGGAGUGCAAUAAUCAGUCCACCUCAGAUAAGCCCAUCAGACCCUGCUGAGCAUUCCUCACACACAUUUUACAUUUACGCAGACAUUUCAGACAGGAAAUCAGAGCUGCUCCAGCUGGUACUCCUCCAGCUGUCAUUCAUUUUACCAAAUGGGGAGGAGAGGGUUGUGAUGAGGUGGGGGGGCUACAGGAUUUCCCAAACAAAUAUGCAGAUUUCAGCUCACACACUGAGCCCGGGAUCUGGUCUGACAGACGGGGUGGAGGAGAAUGGAAAAUGGUCAGUUUUUUUUUUUGUUGUUUUUUUUUUAUCAUUGUACCCAUUUUGAAGACAUCCCCCCUCCCUGAUUCGUAUUGGUUCUUUAAAGAUAAAUAAAUUGAAAUAAAAAGCA